UUCGCGCCCUCUGUGUCCAGACAGGAGCCGGGCCGCUGGACGAUGGCGUUAACGGGGCUGCUGCUGCUGGAGCUGUGUCUGUACGCCUGCUGCUUCGUCUGUGGGAUUGUCACCGCCGCGUCCGUCACCAUAGUUCAGGGUAACUUUGGAGGUCGGUGCAUGCUGUAUGGACUCGUCAGCUACAAUGCGACAGCGAGCCUCAUCGGGGUCCAGUCAUCCAGCUCCUCGUCCCUGUGUUAUUUUGUGUCGGCCAUAUCGGUCAUGGUGGCAGUGGUGUGUUUCUCACUGUCUCUCUACUGGCUGUACACUUUCUGCAUUGAUGGGGAAAUAAGAAGGGAGCGCGUGUGGAUGAACAUGAUCAUGGCGGUGUGCGGCGCCUUCCUGUUCUUCCUGCUCAUCACGGGCUGCAUGUUGAAGAUCGGACGCGACUCGCUCUGCAACUCUGUCAUGCAGAGUGUUCCCAACAUCACCAGAUGUGAGGACGCCCAGACGAAACAGUGGCUCACCCCACUAAAGGGAGGAAGGUUCUACAACAGUCUGUACAAAGCUGAGACGGCCGUGUGGGUCAACUUCUUCUUCUGGCUCAUCAUCGGGGUUCUGGUGAUUGUUCAGAGGCGUCAGAGCACCGGGACGAAGUUGAUUGCAGGAGGGUUUGGUGGGCCGGCCGGAGGACUUUUCGGUGAUCCGGGUGUGACGGCUGCAGAGACGGAGCCAUUUUUCAACCGUCCUGCGCGUCCACAGUGAGGACACACUGUUGGUUAUGUGGGAGAGGGGUAGAUACAUACAAGUGAAUACUAACACAUAUUUGGGGAUAAUACAGAUAAUUAUUGACAGAUGUUGUUGAUUAACUUUGUUCACAAUAUAAAGAGUGAACCUCGACGAGGAUGGGAUUCGAACCCACGCGUGCAGAGCACAAUGGAUUAGCAGUCCAUCGCCUUAACCACUCGGCCACCUCGUCACAUCUGUCCGGUAAUCAGUCACAGACUUCUCAGUAAAUAUCCAGCAGCACGUUCUCCAAACGUUGAACAGUCAAUAUCUAUAUUUACCUGUUUCCCACAUUCCUUCACUUUACAAAGCCGUUGUAAAUGUCCGACUGCUGGAUCACACAGAAACGUGUUGGUUCAGUUAGUGUCUGUCUUAGAUUUGUUUACAUAACCAACGAGUAGGAGAGUGUUUUAUUUCAGUUUUUUUUAUUUCAUCAGUGUGUUCAUAUGUUAUAUUUUUGAUGUGUCUGGCAGGUUUUCUGAGUAAAAACACAUUUUUAAUUAACUAUACAAUCCUCAAAAGUCACGUUUUUUUUUUCAACCCAUUGAAAAGUUUUUCAUGCGAGUUUCUAUUUUGUACCCGUUAGUUUCAUGCCUGUAAGUUGUCUUUAUUCUUUAUUUAUGAUUAAUUAUUUCAUUCAACCUUGUUUCUUGUUUUCAUCUUGUCUUCUGAUGCCUGUCAGUUCAUCUUUGGUAAUUCACACUCAGUAUAUGUGAACAGAGCCGAAGUUUAAAGAAACUCGAGGUACAUCACAUAAUGUUUGAAAUAUUCCAGAUGGAUCAUCACUCUGAGGUUUGACCUGUGAGCUCCCAUCCUACUGUUACAUCUAGUAUCCAGUCCAGCUUCACUCACAGGUGCUUUCAAACACGUCCUCUGGUUCUGUGUUUGUUACGUCACACCUCAGGAUUCAUGCACCUGAUAAGGCUGUAUGUCCAUAUAUCAACGUCUGGUUUGCAGUGAUGUUUCUACACAUGUGCUACAUUUUAAAUCCAAUAAACCAAAGCGUUGAAACCCCA